AUGGUGGCAUCUGAUGAGUGGUGGGAGAGAAAGAAGCGGGAAAAUCCAGCAUAUGAAAAGUUUAGACAGCAUGGGUUAAAAUUCUGGACUGAAUUAGAAACUCUAUAUAGGGGCACUAUGGCAUUAGGACAAGUUAUGUGGUUACCUUCUUCAACCCCGCCUGUGCCACAGCCUGAGCCACAGAGGACUGAUCAGUCAAAUGAUUACCGACCAACAAUGGAUUGGGAAGAAGGUUCAGGGGACAGUGAAGAUGGCCUUCUAGGUGUUGACACUGAACGCCCUGCAGGAGUUUCGGACGAUUUGGACGGCAUCAAUUUAACUGCAAACACAUCAAACACUACACCUAGUAUACCUAUUGGUUCAAGGAGCCAAGGGAAGAGGAAGAGAGGUGGAGGUUUGGAUAAGUACAAGAAACAAAAAAUGCUAGCGAAAAGAAGAAUAGCAGAUCCAGUAAGCUCAAUUGAGAAGGCUUCAAUUAGUAUAGUAGUGGCAGUAAACAAAUUGGCCAACAUUCAUAACACUACUAAGCUGAUCAUUGAUCUACUGAGUACGAAGGAAAUUGUCAGUGACACUCAUCUUUGUGUCGUGUUGUAA